GACAGAUAGGAAACAACAUCAGCUGCCACGCCACGUGUCUGGCUGCAUCAUAUAAAGCGGCUCAGUAUAGAGGUCCACGAAGCGGGAGCCUCAGAUACUCCGAGACUGUGGUGGCGCUCCGCCGGUCGCCGCCGUAAAUCUGCAUAAUCAGGACUUCGCGAAUGGGGAAUCAGAAGCUCAAGUGGACGUCGGAGGAAGAGCAGGCGCUGAAGGCGGGAGUGGCCAAGUAUGGCGCCGGGAAGUGGAAGAACAUUCUCGUAGAUUCCGAGUUCAAGCACAAACUCGCCAACCGAUCGAAUGUUGACCUCAAGGACAAAUGGCGGAAUAUGGGUGGACAAGGCUCGGGAGCUAAUGCUAUGACUCCCAGAGCAAAGUCAGUCACGAAUAGUGCUCUGACACCCAAAGCUCAGAGUUCAGCUUUGAUUUUGGUUCCUAUAGAAAAUGUGAAUGACAAACCUCCUCAAAGCCCUGAGGGUGUUAAGAAUUCUCAUAAGUACAAUGAAAUGAUACUUGAAGCACUUUCAUCAAUCAAGGAUCGCAAUGGGUCCGAUUUUGUUUCAAUUUUGAGGUUUAUUGAGAAAAAGUAUGAGGUGCCACAAAAUUUCAGAAGGUUGCUGAGUUCAAAGCUGAGAAAACUUGUUUUACAAGGCACGGUUGAGAAGGUUCAAAAACACUACAAGAUCAAACAUGCAUCAUUGGGCAUCAAAACACCUUUGCCAAAACAAAAGGUUGUCAGGUCAAAGCCAAGACGAGAUACUAGACCUAGAAUUUCAAUUGAAAUGGAGAAUGCUGCUAAAAUAGCAGCGCACAAGAUUGCCGAGGCAGAAAAUAAAGCCUUUUUAGCGGCUGAAGCAGUUAAAGAGUCGGAGAGGCUCUUACAAAUGGCUGAAGAAGCAGAUGCAGUGGUCCUGCACUUAAAACAGAUAUUCGAACAACGUAAGGAAGGACAAAGGAGGCGACACAAACUCCAAAAGUUCUCGAGCUGAAGCCAUUGUUGUGGUUUAGUUCUCUUUGAUUAAAGGAUUCUGUUUAUAAUGCUGUAUCAUCUGUUGAGGAGAUGCGCUCCAGUCGUUCUGCUCGUGAUGGAGCCAAGCUCUGUUCGUCACGACUGGCCUGAGCUUCUGUAUUCAUGAAUCUGUUGAGUGAGUGAGGAUCGAACAUUAUUUCAUAGGAUGUGUUAAUAAGAGUGCUGUUAGUCUAAUGAUGUACAUUCUGUCAGUUUCUGCUCAAGUCUCUCUCUCUCAGGUUCCUGUGUAUUGUUGGUCAUUAGAUGGUGAUUCUAUUUUUCAAUUUUGACCUCAUUCUAGGAUUGUUGUUGCUUUCUUGGGCCUAUUAAAAUCCAUUUUUAUUAGCAUUGCCAAUA